CUUCCAUCCUGCCUCGCUCUCCACAUACAACCUCAUUUUCCCCCCUCUCCAUACAUUCCAAGCUAGCAUGGCUCUAGAGACUUGGUUGAUCAAAGUAAGGCACAUUGUAGCACAUAGCCUAGAUGUGAUACGUGCCGCCGCCACGCCACGUCCCACCACAAAGCCAUUGCCACUGCCAUUGGUGCAGACGGCCACUAAAGCAGCAACGGGGGCACACGUUGGUGUCCUAGCCUUCGAAAUCUCGGGCGUUAUGUCAAAGCUCCUCCACUUAUGGAACUCUCUCUCGGACAAUAACAUCACCCGCAUUCAGGUGGAAUCUGUAGCGACAUUGGAAGGCGUCCGCAAAAUCGUCUCUGACGAUGACGCCUUCCUCUUAGUUAUGGCUUGCAGCGAGCUGGUGGACAAUCUCAAAACCGUUGCUGAAUCGGUGUCCCGAAUCAGCAACAGGUGUCACAAUGACAAUGACGACUCGAAUCUCCUGUCGUCAUCUUUUGAUAGCUUGCUCUCCGAGUUCGCGGACUCGGGUCAGGAUCCGAAUGGAUUCGUCCUGAGUUGGAAAGACAUGGAAUCCAGGAUGAAGAAAUUGGAGAGAUACGUGAGCUCUACUGCCUUGCUUCGCAGGGCAAUGGACGAGCUCAUAGGUCUCCAAAACCGGCUCAGGAAAACCAGUGAAGCCAAGGACCUGGACAGCUCGAUGGGAGAGAAGAGACUGUCCGAUCUCCAACAAAAGCUGCAUUGGCAGAAGAAACAGAUCAAGUAUCUAAAACAGAACUCCCUGUGGUCUAGGAGCUUCGAGUCGGUUUCAAUAUUACUCGCUCGGUGCAUCUUCACAACCGUUGCCAGAAUCAAGCUUGUAUUCGUCGGAAUCAAUGAAAACCUGGACCGACGAUACCUCACACUACCUGGAUCGACCAUGCCCCAUAAAGUGGAAAUUCCAGAUCUAGCGCGAAGUGCGUUUUUUGUGUCGAAUUCUGACACCUUGAAGCCGCCGGAGGGGACUUUAGGGGCGGCGGCGCUGUCUUUGCACUACGCCAAUCUCAUCGUCAUCAUGGAAAAGAUGAUCCGAUCUCCUCAGCUGAUCGGAUUCGAUGCGAGGGCUGAUUUAUACUCGAUGCUGCCCAACAGCAUCCGGUCGUCGUUGCGGACGAGGCUGAAAGGGGUGGGGUUUUCCGCCGCCACCGACCAGGGGCUGGCCGGAGAGUGGAGAGAGGCGCUGCAGAAAAUCUUAGGAUGGAUAUCGCCUUUAGCACACAAUAUGAUAAAAUGGCAGAGCGAAAGGAGCUUUGAGCAUCAUAAUCUGCUGCCGAAGACCAAUGUUCUUCUGAUCCAGACCUUGUUUUAUGCCAACCAAGAGAAGACGGAAGCCGCCAUUACGGAGCUUCUGGUAGGGCUCAAUUACAUCUGGAGAUUUGAAAGGGAGAAGAUAAAUGCAUAUGAAUGCACAAAAUUCAACACAAUAUUUCAAGAAUCAAAUUGAUCCAUCAGUCGUGGACAUUCAAUUCCAUAUUAUAAAUUUUGGGGUCCUUUCAAAAUUUUAAAAUAAGAUUAUCUUAUUUUUUAUUCCUAAAAAUAAGACUAAUUAUUGUCAUAAUUAGAAAAUACCACCAUGUUUAGAGUCUGGUACUGCCAAAAUAUGACAAUAAUUAGUCUUAUUUUGGAAAUAAAAACAUGUUGGUCCUAUUUUGAAAUUUUCAAAAUAUUUUAGUCCUAUUUCGG